GUUAACUCUUAACAGUUGGGAAAUGCACCUGUCAAACUGGCAUUCAACAAAAUAAAGUCCUUUUGUCCGACAGUCGCGUCCUUGUGAAGGUCAUAAAGUGGAGGCGAUAAGCUGUAAGUCAAUGUGAAGGUGGAAGUGUACCUAUCUUAUCUAGCGAACAUAUCAAACACGACACACUUACAACAAACUAGGUAGCAUACACAGACACAUGGCAAUGGCGAAUAAAAUACCAAGCAAUGUCGUCAUAAAGACAAGGGAGAUGCAUACGGCCGGGGAACCAUUGAGGGUGGUAGAAUCUGGCUUCCCCUCCCCUCGGGGUGAUACCAUACUCGACAAAAUCCGCUACACCCGGGAACAUCUCGACCCUUACAGAAAGUUGCUGAUGAACGAGCCUCGCGGCCAUCUUGAUAUGUUCGGUGCGGUGUUGGUUGAGCCGGACCACAAGGACGCCGACAUUGCUACCAUGUUUAUACAUAACGCAGGGUACAGUACGAUGUGUGGACACGCGAUCAUCGCCCUUGGACGGUACUCCGUGGAUACAGGACUUGUCAGGAAUCCCUCCAGUCCGGAGACGCGCGUGGCGAUCCAGUGUCCAUGUGGACUGGUGGAGGCGUUUGUGGAGUACAAAGACGGCAAGACCGGAAACGUCCGAUUUAACAGUGUCCCGGCUUUUGUCUUCGCUACAGAUGUGUCUGUGGAUGUCCCUGGAUAUGGUCACGUGACAGUAGACAUCGUGUUUGGAGGAGCAUUCUUCGCCUUUGUGGCUGACAGCCAGUACAACUUCCGGCUUGAAGAGGUUGCUUCAGACGUCAUCAGGUCUGCGGCAGCGGCCACAACAGACGCCCUGAAGAUUCAACUCAAGCUUAGCCAUCCGGACAGUGAUGAUCUCGCCUUCCUGUACGGGACUAUCGUGACCGACGGACAGGACGAACGGGCAGAUAUCACGUCAUCACAUAUAUGUGUGUUUGCAGAGAGACAGUUUGACAGGUCUCCGUGUGGGUCCGGUACUACUGCCAGGGUGGCGUUUCUGUACCACAAAGGAAACGUCAAACUCAACCAGAGUAGGACCUUCAGGAGCUAUGUCAAAUCCGAAUUCCAGGCCAAGGCUGUAAAGGAAGUGACGUAUGGUGGAUACAAGGCAGUAGUGGUAGAAGUUUCCGGGAAGGGAUACUACUGCGGUUCUUCAGAAUUUUCCGUGGAGGAAGACGACGUCAUAGGGAGGGGAUUUCUGUUGUAAUCCAAAAUUAUUUUGGGGAUUUAUAAGUGAUAGAUGUAUUACCGUAAAUUGAUACAAAUUUUAGAAAUUCAUUAUGAUCUUGAUAUAUACGUUUUCUAUGACAAUAAUAACGAUACAUUGAGAUCACAAAAUAGCACCAGAUUACCUAGUACCUAAAUACUGGAGGGUUAAAAAAUAAAACGUAUAUCUCCAACAUUUUUCUAUUUCUAUUU